AUGGAGUCAGAUGUUCAGCUUGAAAUAGGUUCAGAAGACUCAGAGUCAAGUUCAAGUUCAUUUUACUCUGAAUUUGGAAUCAGUUCAGAAAGUUACUCCAGUUUACAGCAGACUCUUUACUGGGCUGGACCAGACAGAUCAAUCACAAAUGUGUCUAUGAGUACAAGUCCAGAUCACUCCACUUUCAUUAUUCAGAACCUGAAAGACAGCUACCAAAUAAGGGAGGAGCUUUUUGUUACUAUCCAUGCCAGAGACUUUAACAAUAAACCUAAAUGUUAUGGAGGGGAUUUCUUUCAAGCAAAGCUUUUCUCAUCCAAAAGUCCCCAAAAGGCCAGUGUGUUUGGGGAGGUGGUGGAUUUACUCAAUGGCUCCUACUCUGUGCGUUUUCUUCUGCCAUGGGUUGGAGAGGCACAGGUGGCUGUGCGUCUGAUCCACUCCAGUGAAGCCGUGCAGGUCCUCAAGCAUCACAGAGACACUGACUCUGACAGAGUUUUCUUUAAUGGAUAUUUUGAAGGACCAGGACCAAAAGGGACCAGGUUGACAGAAAUAGUGAAGUGUAAUGUGAAGUGGGACAAGAAUGGACUGGAGAGGAUGGGGACUGGAGAUUGUUGCUGUGAUUACAAAGAUUUUCGCACUGGAGAAGAAUGGCGCUGUCAAAGACCCAAAUCACUGCCAUGCAGCGCUCGCAUGUAUCACUCUAUGGGCGGGUAUAACAGACGCGUGACUGCCAAAGAAGCAAUGUUUAUGAAGCAAACCAACAAAGACAUCAAUGGACAAAGAACAACAAUCAAGAUUUUUCCUUCCAAUGAAACAGUGGGAAUUGAUGUAACAAAGAAAUGUCGUCCUGGUUUGCACACACCAGUUCCAGCUGGGUUUUACCUGAAUGAUGUCUGGACAUCCUUUGUGUGUAGCACCCGUCAUUUUACUACCCAAACAACAACACAGUGCCUGAAAGACAAACACAUCUACAUGAUGGGAGACUCGACCAUGAGACAGUGGUUUGAGUUCUUUAUGAAAGCAGUACCAACUUUAAAGCAGAUGAACCUGCAUGUUGAAUAUCAGGCAGGUCCUCUUCUAGCAGUGGAUGGCUUACACUGGAGGGCUCACGGUCUUCCUCUGCGCUGUCGAAAAACUGAAGUUUCUAAUCUGCACUACGUCAGUAAUGAGAUUGAUGAUCUGACUGGAGGACCUCACACAGUUAUUGUCUUUAAUCUGGGACCACACUUUACGACAUAUCCUCUGGAUUACUUCACCCACAGAGUGUUGAGGAUCCGCAAAGCUGUGCUAGAUUUGUUACAGCGGAAACCAGACACUACCAUCAUAAUCAAGACUGUAAACACCGGCUAUAAGGAUGUGUUCGGCAGUGACUGGUAUUCUCUGCAGUUGGACAGAAUCCUACGGUGGGCUUUUCAGGAUGUUGGUGUUUAUAUUUUGGAUGUUUGGCAAAUGACAGCCUGUCACUACAACAAAGAAGGCAUUCAUCCAGGUCCUGUCAUCAUAAAAAAUGAAAUGGACAUAUUUCUGUCUUUCAUUUGUCCUAAAUGAUUUUGUCAGAAGCAAUAAGGAGGUUAAAGCAACAAUCAUGUUUUUCUAUGUAACUGUUUUAUUUUAUUUUAUUUUAUUAUAUAUUUAAUAUGUUAAACAUAGUAAUAAGUUUGUCAAAAACAUGAUAAAUAGUGGCAGAAACUGCUGAG